UUGAUGACUUUUGUUGUCGUCUCUGACCUAGAAUGUACUAACUCCCCCCUUUGUCCUUUUAAGGUGGAAUCUUAAGCAAGCCCACCCCCCUCUUUCCUCUUUUCCCUUUUUUUAUCCGCGCCCCUUCCCUUUUUUUGUUGCAUCACUCCGACAGUCUGUUCCGUUCCCUCCCUCUCCCAUUGGCUGUUUUAGCUCCACCCAUCGGCUGUUUAACCAAUGCGGCAGAGACGCCCCUCCCGUCGUCUCCUCCUUCCUCUCCCUUCUCCUCCUCCCAGACAGACCCUGCCCUUUCCUUUCCUUGCUUUCUGUGCCUCCUCUGUGCGUUUUCUGGAGUAUCAAACCGGACGGGUUGUCGUACAAUGGCGGUCUUUCUCCCUGCGACCCUGCGAUGCUGACGCCCCGGACUCCCUCCUCCGUUCCUGCGCCUCCCUAGCUGGGAUUUCAUGUUCCGCAUCGGCUUGAAUGUCCGCGUCCAUGGCCAAGCGUGAGAGCGGCGGCACCAGUCCGGUGGUCCGGCAGAUCGACAAGCAGUUCCUGGUGUGCAGCAUCUGCCUGGAUCGCUACCACAACCCCAAAGUGCUGCCGUGUCUGCACACUUUCUGCGAGAGAUGUCUCCAGAACUACAUCCCUCCACAGUCCUUGACGCUGUCAUGUCCGGUGUGCCGGCAAACGUCCAUCUUGCCCGAGAAGGGUGUGGCGGCGCUGCAGAACAACUUCUUCAUCACCAACCUGAUGGAGGUCCUGCAGCGAGAAGCCGAGUGCAGCCGACCCGAGGCCCGGAACGUCCUGGAAUCGGCCAGCGCCGCUUCCUCUUGUCAGCCUCUCUCGUGUCCCAAUCACGAGGGGAAGGUGAUGGAGUUCUACUGCGAGUCGUGUGAGACGGCCAUGUGUUUGGAGUGCACGGAAGGCGAGCACAGGGAACACGUGACGGUACCGCUGAGGGACGUGCUGGAGCAGCACAAGUCAGCGCUCAAGAACCAGCUGGACACGGUUCGCAAUAGACUGCCUCAGCUGACGGCCGCCAUCGAGCUGGUGACGGAGAUCUCCAAGCAGCUGACGGAGCGCAAGGAGGGCGCCGUGACGGAGAUCAACGCCACGUUCGACGAGCUGGAGAAAGCCCUGCGCCAACGCAAGGACGCCCUGGUGGCCGAGGUGGAGAACAUCUGCGGCGCCAAGCAGAAGGUCCUGCAGGCCCAGCUGACGUCGCUGCUGCAAGGCAAAGAGAACAUCCAGAGCAGCUGCGACUUCACCGAGCAGGCGCUGAGCCACGGCAGCGCCGCCGAGGUCCUCCUGGUCCAGAAGCAGAUGGGCGAGCGGGUGGGCGCCCUGGCGCGCCACAGCUUCCCCGAGCAGCCGCAGGAGAACGGGCACCUGGAGUGCCAGGUGGAGACGGACGGCCUGCGCCGCUCCAUCCAGAACCUGGGCGUCCUCAUCACCACGGGGGCGGUGGGUCACACCAGCGUGGCCACCGGCGAGGGCCUGCGGCACGCGCUGGUGGGCCAGCUCACCGCCGUCACCGUCACCACCAAGGACAAAGACGGCGAGCUGGUCAAAACGGGCAACGCCGCCCUGCGCGCCCGCAUCGCCUCGGCCGAGGGGACGGAGGCCGCCCGCGUCGAGGUUUCCGACAACAAGAACGGCACCUACGAGGUGGCCUACACGGCCCGCGCCGAGGGCGAGUUCGUCUUUUCGCUGCUGCUCUACGAGCAGCACGUGCGCGGCAGCCCCUUCCGCCUGCGCGCCGUCAAGCCCUGCGACGUGCUGCAGUCGCCCGACGACGUCAAGAGGCGGGUCAAGUCGCCCGGCGGCGGAGGCGGGGGCGGACACGUCCGCCAGAAGGCCGUCAGGAGGCCCUCCAGCAUGUACAGCACCACCAAGAAGAAGGAAAACCCCAUCGAGGACGAGCUCAUCUACAGAGUCGGGACAAGAGGCCGUGACAAAGGCGAAUUCACCAACCUCCAAGGCAUCUCCGCCUCCAACAACGGUCGCAUCGUGGUGGCCGACAGCAACAACCAGUGCAUACAGGUGUUUUCCAACGACGGGCAGUUCAAGAUGAGGUUCGGCGUGCGGGGUCGCUCCCCCGGCCAGCUGCAGCGCCCCACGGGGGUGACGGUGGACAUGAACGGCGACAUCAUUGUGGCCGACUACGACAACCGCUGGAUUAGCAUUUUCUCCUCGGACGGCAAGUUCAAGAGCAAAAUCGGAGCGGGUCGUCUAAUGGGUCCCAAAGGCGUGGCCGUGGACAAGAACGGACACAUCAUCACUGUGGACAACAAGGCCUGCUGCGUUUUCAUCUUUCAGGCUAACGGGAAGCUGGUCACCAAGUUCGGAGCGAAAGGGACUUCCGAUCGACAUUUUGCAGACAAAAGUGGUGCAAAUGUAUCCCUGGAGCAAAAACUGACUAAAUCAGGCCCUGUCUUCAGUCCUCAUUUCGUGGCCGUCAAUAACAAGAACGAAAUCAUAGUGACUGACUUCCACAACCAUUCGGUCAAGGUGUACAACGCGGACGGUGAAUUUCUGUUUAAGUUCGGCUCGCACGGGGAAGGCAACGGUCAGUUCAACGCACCCACCGGAGUAGCCGUCGACUCUAAUGGGAACAUCAUCGUGGCUGACUGGGGCAACAGUCGCAUACAGGUGUUCGACAGCUCGGGCUCCUUCCUAUCUUACAUCAACACCACGGCGGACCCCCUGUACGGCCCCCAAGGGCUGGCCCUCACUUCAGACGGCCACGUGGCGGUGGCCGACUCGGGUAACCACUGCUUCAAGGUGUACCGCUACCUGCAGUAGACCUCGUGCAAUAAAAAAAAACCUGACGGUGUGUACUCGGAAUGUUUUGUAUUUUUGAUUUGUUUUUUUAAUUUUUUUUGUGAAGUCGCCCCCUUAAAGGGCCACACGCACACCUAAAGUGUGUUAGAUAGACUCGAGUAUUUAACGAGCUGCGUAACUUGGUCCAAACGCAUGAGUUCUUUUUUGUAAAUAGCCAAAGUCACAGUGCAUCAUCGGUUUUAGAAGUGAGGGGUCGCACUCAAAAGAAAACUAAAUUCUGCAUGGAAUUGUUGGGAAUACAUUUGGAAUGUCAUGAGGAAAAAAUAUAUUUCAUCAUGAAUAUCGCGGCAAGAUUAAAUACGUUCGUUCAUGUUGGAAACAAUAUUAUUACAGGGUGACAAAAUUAAAUUUACAGGAAUAGUGUGAUGAGGAAAAUUUUAUGAGAACACUGAAUAUUUUAGAAAAAUGUUGUAAAAUGAUGAGAUUUUCAAGACGUAACAGACAAAACCCAAUUUGUCUACAAAUGAUUUUUUUAUUUUGGUCUUUGAGAAUUAUAAGUCUUGUAUAAGAAGAAAUUAUAUCACAUUACAUAUUGUCUGAAAAAUACUUCCUUAUUUUAUCGUGAGUUAUCGAUAAAUUAUCCUUUUGACCUCUGUGACUUUUGACCUAUUGACCCCUUAAAUGUAAUCACCUCUUCUGUUUCAUAUCACAAAUGUAUCCUACAAAUUUGCUAAGUUCAGCAUUCGAUCUUGUGUUAUCUUGAAAACAUACAUAUUUCAGACCUCUUUGACCUCUUUACCCCGCUAUUUCAAACCUUGUGAAAAAUGUACGAGAAAACGUCUCUUCAACUCAAACAAUAAGAACAUCCAUUAUUCAUUCUUGAGUCAUUGAAAAAAAAUAUUUUUCUAACCUCUGUGACCUUUGACCUAGUGAUCCUAAAAUGUAAUAAUCACCUCUUCUGUUUCAUAUCACAAAUGUAUCCUACAAAUUUACUAAGUUCACCAUUUGAUCUUGUGUUAUCUUGAAAACAUACAUAUUUCAGACCUCUGUGACCUUUGACCUCUUUACCCCGCUAUUUUAAAAAUUGUGUAAAAUGUACAAGAAAACGUCUCUUCAACUCAAACAAUAACAACGUCCAUUAUUCAUUCUUGAGUCAUUGAAAAAAAUAUUUUUCUGACCUCUGUGACCUUUGACCUAGUGACCCUAAAAUGUAAUAAUCACCUCUUCUUUUUCAUAUAACAAAUGUAUCCUACAAAUUUGCUAAGUUCACCAUUCGAUCUUGUGUUAUCUUGAAAGUAUACAUAUUUCAGACCUCUGUGACCUUUGACCUCUUUACCCCGCUAUUUUAAGAUUUGUGUAAAAUGUCAGAGAAAACGUCUCCAACUCAAACAAUAAGAAAGUCCAUUAUUCAUUCUUGAGUCAUUGACAAAAAUUAUUUUUCUAACCUCUGUUACCUUUGACCUAGUGACCCUAAAAUGUAAUAAUCACCUCUUCUUUUUCAUAUGACAAAAUUGAUCAUUUGAUCUUGUGUUAUCUUGUCGGACCUCCGUGACCUUCGACCUCAUUAACUCAAAUUUUAAAUUUUCGAUCUCAUCUCACAAAAAUAAUGUGCAAGUCAGAUUAAUACUCUUCGUUCAUUCUUGAAUUAAUAUCUUGAAAGCCAAUGUAUUUCUGACCUCAGUGACCUUUGACCUCGCUACUCCACUAUUUCAUGUAAAAAUAUGUCAAAUGAAAGGGAAAAUGUUUCUCCAACUCAAACAAUAUGGACAUACGUCAAUGUCAGUAGCAGUGAAUGAGUUCGAGCUAAGCUAUUGUUUUGACCUUUUGACCUUUCCCAACUAAAUUCUGUCCAAAAGCCAACGUAACAGUCGAACAACAGCUUUUCUUUUGGGUGCGCUUUGCUCCUCACGCCACUCCGCUUCACGCCGCUUUUUUCCUCACAGCAGAAUAAACAACAUGGCCGCCACGCCCACAUCAAUUUGCUCAUUGUACUUAGUGUAUAUAGCCGAAAUGUAUAUGAUCGUGUACAUAUAUUAGACCCUAACGACGAAGCGGCACUGAAGGCAGCUGUUUGAAAAUGGGUGCUCCACGUAGAAGAAGAAUAUUUAUUGCAUUUAAAGCAGCACAAGAAGCAUUUUUGUUCCUAUUUUUGCUUUAGUAGGUUUUUUUAAAACGAGGAGGAGGAAGAAGCGGGGGAGGGGAAGCUAAUUUAUUUGCUUUUCUACACUUUAUUUUUUUAAAUAGAUGUCCUUUUUUUUUUAGACCCGUCUUACAUUUUCGUAUGUAUUUAUUCGACGAUCGUGUCACAUUUUAACUCACUGGACGCCAUCGACGGCGAUAGACGUCCAAUUCAUUGUGGACCGGGAAGUUUAUUCUAGUUUAAAUUAAUUGGACGUCCAUAGUUGUCAGUGGCAGGCAAUGAGUUAAAAGACAAAACAUAUUUUUUACAUCAGUAUUGAAACGUAAGUUAAUUAAAUGAAUAUUUAUGGAUUAUAAUCGAUCAUUAAAAAAAAAAUUCUGAACUAUUUUGUAAAAACGGUAAAUUCCAAUAUUUCAACAUGGUUCAAAUUAAUUUAUGAAGUAUUCUAUAAGGAAAAUUAAACAUAUUUCACCUAAAUUUGCUCUAUUUCAAUUAUUCAUUGGCAGUUAUUAUUAUUAAAUUAGAUAUUAGAUAUGAAAUAUUACAACUAAACAUUCAACUAUGAAACCCAACACAUCAAGCCAAUAAAAACACAAGUAAACGAGCAUGUUUAAUUGUCAUAAAUUAAAUCAUUUUCCAGAUAUUUUAAACUGAAACAAUGAUUUUGAAAAGAUGACCUUUCCACUUCAAAUUGGACGUCUAUCCCCGUCAUUGGCAGGCAAUGAGUUAAAAGACAAAACAUGUUUUAUGUGCCAAUAUUAAAUCAGUAUUAAGACAUAAAAAGUCAAAUAUUCAUUGAUUAAAAUUUAAUAUUAAUGAAAAAAAAACAUCGAAGCAGUUUUUUUAAAUCCGCAAAUACACAUAAUAAAUCAAUUUUUGAUAUCUAAUCCGAUAAUUUUUUUAGGAAAAAUAACCUUAUUUCACCCAAUUCAAUCAUUUUUUAUAUAUAUAUAUAUAUAUAUUUUUUGUGCAUGAAAAACACGUUUUAUGUUUAAUGAUUUUUCAUCAAAUGAUAAGUUCGUAAAGGCAUUAUGAUUUGGAAAUGAUGGCUGCCAGUCCCUCCCACUUCAAAUUGGACGUCUAUCGUCGUCUUUGGCAGGCAAUGAGUUAAAAGACAAAACACGUUUUUUGUGCCAAUAUUAAAUCAGUAUUAAGACAUAAAAAAGUCAAAUUUUCAUUGAUUGCAAUUUGAUAAUAAUAAAAAAUGAAAAAUAAUAACAUCAAAGCAGUUUUUUAAAAAUCCGUAAAUUCCAAUGUUUCACGUAAUAAAUUCAUUUAAUCCAAGAAUUUAAGAAAUUUAUUAGGAAAAAUAACCUUAUUUCACCAAAUUCAAUAAUUUUUUUUAUAUUUAUUUUUUUUGUGCAUGAAAAAAACACGUUUUAUGCUUAAUGAUUUUUCAUCAAAUGAUAAGUUUGUAAAGGCAUUAUGAUUUGGAAAUGAUGGCUGCCAGCCCCUCCCACUUCAAACUGGACGUCUACCGCCGUCACAGGCAGUGAAUGUGUUAGCGUUUUUCAUUGAGAUGCUUGUUAGGAAAGUUUUUGUGGGAAAAGCAGAAUUACAAAUUAUUUGGGAAAGAGCUUAGUUUCGAAUGUCGUGUGCCUCUUCCCUGCUUUGGCUCCCCCUUCUGGUCAUUGUGUGCCAAACCUAAACCCACACUUUGUUCAUUUAUAUAUGAGUAGAUGAAAAUAUGCUUUUUGGGAGUAGGGGGGAAGCGUAUUAUUUGCACUUGUGAGCUAAAUAAAAAAGCAUUUGGUCAUUGUGAUAUAAUAUUUGUCUCACUAAAUACAUUGUUUGCUUUCUUUAUAAUAAAUAUGCACUGGUAAUAAAAGCACAUGGUUACCUGAAC